GUGAGUAUUGUGUUAGGGAACACUGACUGAGCUAGACAUUAGUAACACAGACUGUGGACUCACAGUAAACAUCUGUAGUUAGUCAUUAACACAGUUUAAACAGCACAUCCCGUCAGUCCUGUCCCGGCCUUGUUUCUGAAGAUUUUCCAUUGGCUGCAGGGUCUGUAGACAUCAUGGGCGAGCUUUUCCUCUGUGUGACUGCGGCUCUCGCUUUGUGGUCGGCUUCAGCUCUCAGCACAUCAGUGUUUUCCAGCGGUCCUGAGGCCCACAUGCUUCUGCGCUCCAAAAGGGCCAACAGCUUCCUGGAGGAACUGAAGCCUCCAUCGAUGGAGCGGGAAUGCCUGGAGGAGAGAUGUGAGUUUGAGGAGGCAAGGGAGAUUUUCAUAGCCAGGGAAGCCACGUUGGAAUUCUGGACGGUUUAUACAGAUGGAAAUCAGUGCAUUUCAAACCCAUGUGUGAAUGGGACCUGUGUGGACCUCUACCAGUCCUAUGCCUGCCGCUGCAAUCUAGGAUUUGAGGGAAAAGACUGCGACCAACCUAGCACAGCCACUAAUUGUGCAAUAGCCAACGGUGGUUGUGACCAUGAGUGCCAAAACCACAAGGAUGGCCUGAGGCGUACCUGCAGCUGUGUCCAGGGAUACCGUCUCCACCAAAACUCUAGACACUGUGUCCCCGAAGGUGCCCACUCCUGUGGGCAGAUACUGGUGGCCAAGACCUCCUACAGUAAACCCAUUCAAGGACUACUGCCCUGGCUGGUAGGGGGAGAAAUGGGCAAGAAGGGGGAGAGCCCCUGGCAGGCUCUUGUGUUGAAUGCAAAGGGGAAGUUUCACUGCGGAGGGGUCUUAAUUGAUGAGAAAUGGGUCCUCACCGCAGCCCAUUGCCUGACCAGUAGCCUUCGCUUCAGCGUCAGACUGGGUGACUACGAGCGCUAUAAGUUGGAGGGCACCGAAGUCACCGUGCCGGUGAUCAAGACCUUCUCUCACCCGAACUAUGAUAAAGACACGGUGGACAACGACAUCGCCCUGCUGCGCCUGGCCUCUCCUGUCUCCUUCUCCGAGUACAUCCUCCCGGCAUGCCUCCCUAGCCGCGCUCUGGCCCAGGGUGUGCUCCACCUCAACGGCACACGCACAGUGGUGACGGGUUGGGGCAAGGAGGAGCAGAACUCCCAGCGCUUCACCUCAGCCCUCAACUUCAUCGAGGUGCCACUGGUGGAGCAUGAGCUGUGUGCCCGUCACAUGGUCAACAACGUGACAGGCAAUGUUCUGUGCGCCGGUGUGCUAGGACGGCGGGAGGACGCAUGCGAGGGCGACAGUGGCGGCCCAAUGGUCACCUUGUACCGUGAUACCUGGUUCCUCAUCGGCCUAGUGUCCUGGGGUGAGGGCUGUGGUGACGUGGACAAACUGGGCAUCUACACCAAGGUGUCCAACUACAAUGAGUGGAUUGAGAGUGUUCGGAAGGGGUGAGACAAAGCUCCUGAGCCCUAAGACAAGUCCCUCUAUGCUUCCUACUACCUUUCCUUCCCUCCAUCCUUCCCUACUGAGUCUAUCCACCCGGCUACAGUAUAGAUAUGUAACAUGCUUUGUGAAAUAAAUCAACACAUUCUCAA